AUGGAUAACUCACGUCCCGCGGAAUACUAUCGCGGCUUAGACCAGUGGUCGCUGAGCGAAGGAAUGAAAGACUUUGAUGACCCUGAGAACUAUGAUGAGCUUGCCAGGGCGGUCAUGAGCGCUAGGAGCCGCAAUUUCGUUCUCGACUUCGACGACGACCACGCGUGGUGUGGCUUUGACCUGGAUGCUGAAGCAAUAUCCUCCUUGUUGAAAUCGGAGCGCCCACCAGAGCUAAAUACACGAUGGAUCAACAUUUGGCUUCCUCAUGAGCAAAAAGAUGUCCUCGAGGUUCUAGCCAAGCAUUACGACUUCACCCCUCGUUUACUGGGAUUCAUGCAAUCAGCACCGUUAAAACAGCCUCGUUCCCUAACCAAUAGCACUAAAACUAGCCUCUCCUCAUUUUUCCAUCGCUCGAGAAACUCGGCUGAAUCACCAGCUUCGGACGAAAAGCCACUUGACAGGUCAAGCACGCUUAAUUCGAUUCUUGACCCAGGGUUGAAUUCUAAGGAGCUUAUUGGAAUGGUGUAUUCUAGUGGUGCGUCAACAAGCUCGGAUUUUAGUGACAAUCUGAAUCCAUACUUUCUUGCCAACGAGCUUUGGCAUUACUCUUCCGUGGAUUGGGGGCGAAAAUAUCUGUGUAUCGGAUAUAACACCAUACAUAACGUUCCGAGCAAAGGUCGAACAGAGCCAGCUGAUGACGAACCCUCACACGAGGACCGACCAUACGGCAAACGCGUCUGGAACUGGCUUGUGCUCUGUGAAGACCGCACUGUUAUCUCAAUUAGCGAAGAUCCAUAUCCCACGCGUAAUGGGAUGCUUACUCAACAUCAACAAGUGUCUCUCAACAUAAUCCGACGGAAUCUCAUCAAUACCUUCCGUCAGCUUUCCAAGGCGCGAGAUAGCAGCAGCGAUCCGGCUCAAAUGCAGCUUCCGCUUCGCAAGCGUUUGGGUGAUAGCGAAGAAGAGGCUAUACAUCGCGCCACUGAAGUUCCGGGCAUGCUCUUUUAUUAUCUAUUUGACGACUGGUUGAACACGUACAGUCUAAUUGCACGAAAAGAACAUAGAUAUGCUCGAGAAUUGAAUGCACUACGUCUUCAGAUGCUCAACAGAGCCAUGCUCGCACAUAUUGAAAGGCUGCAUCAUAUCGGCAGGCAACUGGCGGUUCUUAGACGAGUCUACCAGUCCUACGACAUGAUUAUCGACCGAGUUUUAGAAAAACAAGAGGCCAGUCUAGCAUCGCUCAAAAAUUCGAAAGUCAUAAGCGGAUUGCAGUCUAUGGAGCAGUCGGACACACUCCGGCCAACGGUGGCCCAGCUUGAUGAGCACCAUUUGCUAGGUGUAUCUAUUAGCUCUGCGGCGCGUGCUCGCUUUGCGAGACUCAAGCAUCGCAUCCGUCUGUAUGCCCUAAACGAGAUCAACGAAUGCCUCGACCAGAAGGAGUCACUCGUCUUGAUGAACUUCAACCUCAUCGCUAUCAAAGAGGCCUUCUCAGUGGAACGACUUACGGAGGUCACCCUCUUGUUAGCGAAGAUCACCAUGCUCUUCAUGCCUGUCAGCUUGAUGAGCGCCUACUUCGGGUGCCAGUUUGUUGAUGCGCACUUCACUGUCGCCAGUUACUGGAAAUGGUUCGCCGGAAUCUUCGCCGCCAGCGUCGUUGGGCUGGCGAUUUUCAGUCUGGCCAGCGGCAAGUUGCAGACGAAGAUGCUGGUGAAACCGCUUGGUGCCAAAAUCCGAGAAAAGGUCCACGAUUGGACGAUCAGGAAAAAGUUCCACGAAGUUGAAGACGAGGAAAAGAUCUUUUAAGCUACGUUUCGUCUUUUGACGAGACUAGGCAUCGAAUUGUACGCCAAUCACUUUAAUAUGCUUAUCAUCGAAGAACACUGCCGUAUGAAUAGGAGUUUAUUUAUACAUUCGUAGAUAGGAGAGACUAGCCAUCCUGAGCCAAUAUCACAUCCUAUGUAAUAUACACAGAAGAUUUCACAUAUUAAAAUCAUUAAGU